AGUAGUGUCUCGAGGGUGUCCGAGUGCGUGUGGUUGUCCUGCUGCCUCUCACGGGUGGCGGCAGCUGGAGAAGGGGGGGGCUAUUGCUCUCCCGCCCACCCCAUUUGGGAUGUGUGUGCGCGUGCAAAGGCGAGCUGCGGAGGAAUAGCUGGGAGUGUCCAUUCUCCUUCUGCUAGCAUGGCGGCGUCCACCCAGUACCGGCAGCUGAUCAAUGACUAUGGGCCCCCAUCUCUAGGCUAUACCCAGGCUCCUGGGAGCAGCCAGGUACCCCAAAGCAAAUAUGCAGAACUUCUAGCUAUCAUUGAAGAGCUAGGGAAAGAGAUCAGACCCACGUAUGCAGGGAGCAAAAGCGCCAUGGAGAGGCUAAAACGAGGCAUCAUUCACGCUCGCGGAUUAGUCCGGGAAUGCCUGGCAGAGACUGAAAGAAACGCAAGAUCCUAGCCUCCCACUUCACUUCCAAAGUUUUCCAUUUCUUUGUGAAGAAGAAAGAAUAACACUUAUUCCUCUGGUGACUUUCAAAACAUUCAUAUGAAUCUCUUAUUUUGAAUGGUCCAAAAGUUUGGGUUCUUUCUCCUUUUCUUCCUCCCAUCCCCACCACAGUCUGUAAGGAUAGAAAAAAAGGCAAUUUUGCAUUGCAUUAGAAGUAGUUAGGAACAACCUAGGUCACUUGUUUUUUAUUUUAAAAAAAGCAUUGAGUCCAGAAACUGCAUGUAGAAAGUUCGCUUAUGUUGCUGCCAGCUAUAGUUUAUUGCCCUGCUAACCUGUCCCAAUCUUUGAUUUUCCUCUUUGAGUACACUUAAAACAUCACCCAAAGUGUCGUUCUUUGCACCUUUUCUGGAAUCUCCAAUAACUCUUAAGGUUUUUUUCACGAGUCAGUGCCAAUGGGCAGUUGGCUGUCUCUGGUUAGGGCCCUGUGACAGAGACCCUGCUUUGAAAAAUAACAUGGGGUUUGUUUUGGUUUUGGUUUCGGUGUGUGAGCAUUUGCAUGAUUGUUUGUGCUUUGAAGUCAAUUUAAAAUGCAUGAGCUAUAAAUACAGAGGACUGAUCAGCCUACUAAAAAAUUAAGAACCCAGAUAGUUACUUUUCAGACGAAGACUGUAGAUUUCAUGUCUUGAGUUUGCCAUAGAAUAAUUAAAAAAAAUCUGGAUAAAUGACUAAAACUGUUAUGUGCAUCUUUGUAUGUAUUUAUUACUUG